GGCUACCCUCAUGAUAUUUGGUAGGUAGAAUCUCUUUCAAGGAAUUGACCAUACAAGGAUUCCAGUACCGUCAAAAUCCCAAUUUUCAGCCAUGCUCCGUCCAUAGUUAGGUCAUCAAUUUAAAACGUAUGGACUACCAUAAAAUUAAUUCACGUGCAGUGUAAGGAGCCACUUCCAUUUUUAAAAUGGUUAAACAGUACUAAAACACGAGUAUAGGCUCUUCAGGGCUUCCGUGCAGUUGGCGCUUAAAAAGAGAGGAAGGAGUUGAAAGAAAAACAACACCAGAGAGAGAGAGAGAGAGAGAGAGAGAGAGAGAGAUGAACAUAAACCUGUGGAUAAUAGUUUCCAUGGUGGUGGGAAUGAUCUUCAUCGUGUUGGAAAGACGACGAAGGCCAAAAUCAACAAUGAAAUUGCCGCCGGGACCGCCUAAAUUGCCGAUAAUUGGGAACUUGCACCAGAAUCUGCGCCAGAUCGGUGGUGGUGCUGAGUUGAUCUACGUCACCUUAUUCAAAAUGUCACAGAAGUAUGGUGGGAUUAUGACAACGUGGUUAGGCAUGAAACCGACGAUUAUCAUAAGCGAUCAUGAAGGAGCUUGGGAGGUUCUUGUAAACAAAUCCGCCGAUUGUGCGUCGCGAAUGAUCCCUUACCUGUCUAAAUAUGUCACUGCUAACAGGACAACGCUUUUCUCCACCGAUCAUGGCCCAUAUUGGCAAUCCCUUCGAAAAGGUGUCCAGGGCUAUGCUAUGAAUCCAUCAGCCAUCUCCACUCAAACACUAUCUCAAGAAAACGAAGCGAUUGCCAUGACACAAACAAUUCAAGAACAAGCUAUGAUCAACGGUGGAAUUAUCCGCCCCUUGGUCUACAUUCGACACAACACAAUACGGGUGGUUGGGCGCCUUUGUUUUGGCCCUGACUUCAACAAUAAGGCAUUUGUUAUUGGCAUAGACCCUCUUAUCAACGAUGUCAUCAACCUAACUGCUUUUUCCCGUUUUUCCGAAGUUUUCCCUUUCAUUCGCUACAUCCCGGGCUUGCGGGGUUCAUUUAGAAAAGCAAUUGAAAUUCGCGAUCGUGUCAUGUCGAUGAUACAGCCAGAAAUCAGUCGCUACCAAUCAUCGAAAUCGCCAUGCACCACUUGCUACUUGCAUUUCCUCCUCUCACAUGAUUAUCCGAUGGAAACCAUCAUAUUUUGCUUAUUCGAAAUUUUCUUUCUCUCUGUUGAUAGCACAUCGUCUACUAUUGCUUGGGCUCUAGCAUUCCUUAUACGAAACCCCGAAAUCCAAAAGAAGCUAUUUAAAGAAGUAAGCGGAGGAGACAAGAAGAGAGAGAGGGUGACUGUAUAUCAAGUGAAUAAGAUGCCAUAUCUUCAAGCUGUAGUGAAUGAAGUGUUUCGAAUGAAGCCGAUUGCACCUCUCGGCAUCCCCCACAAGACAGUGAAAGAUACUACAUUGAAGGGUUGGAAGAUCGACAAGGGUACUGCUGUUAUGGUAAAUAUCUAUGCUAUCCAUCACGAUCCAAAGGUCUGGGAUCAUCCAGAGCAGUUCAUGCCAGAGCGGUUCCUGAAUGAAAAUGCACGUAAUGUCAGUGUGGCCACGGAACGGUCUUUUCUUCCGUUUGGAGCAGGUAUGCGAAUUUGUGCAGGAAUGGAUCUGGGCAAGCUUCAGGUGGGCCUCACCCUGGCUAAUCUGAUUAACAAGUUUGAAUGGGUUGCCGCUGAUGGGGAUGGCCCCGACAUGACUGAUGCUUAUACUGCUCUUCUUAGGAUGAAAGAGCCCCUCGUGGCAGGUAUCAAGCUUCGUACUAACCUUGGAACCACCCUCUCUUGAAGGUUUUGUGACCAUGGAUGCUGACGGCCCGUAGGGAUACCACCCAAUAAGAAACUUUUUAUGUUUUAAUAAGUUGAUAUUUCAACUUUAAAUAAGUUUGGUCAGCACGUUAUAAAAUUUACUUACGUGAUGAAAGUUAUUUAUCCUGGUAAGUUUUUUUU